AAACUCAUAACGCUCCGCGCGCUCUCGCCAGCCGGUUGUCAGUUCCUGACACAAACCGGUUUGCCAGUGAUACCAAAGUGCUGAGUACAGUGCCCUAGUGUUAAGCUUGAAUGGAUUGUUGUUUAGUGGAAAUGGAAGAUAAGCCAUACAGUGUGGACAGUUCUGACGACAUAAAUAUAGAAGAGGAAGACGAACAUAUAGAGGAAAAUCACAGCUAUCCUCCAGAUUUUCCAAUUGAGGCAUUAGUGAAGCUUGAACGGACAUCGCCACCUUUGCCGACACCACCACAUACGCCCACGGACGAUACACCUCCCGCUGUUGUUAUUUCCCGGCACCAACCAGCGUGGACCCCUCCACAGCCCCAACCUUACCCGACUUACCCAAGACCAACAAUGCAAACGCUCUAUCCUUACGAAAAAGUACCAGUACCGAACUACGCACACCCAGCAAUGACAGCCUACGUGCAAGCUCAAGUAGCGACGCUACCACCCUCGACACCUUACCACGCUAUGUUGGUCAACCAGUGGAUACGUAAUGCUGCGUUGUACCAACAUUCAUUAAGGUACCCAGGAGUAAUGACGCAAAGAAUGCCAGGAAGGAACCCGCCACCCAUGCGAGCCCCGGGAGUCCCUGGUACAAGGCCCAAGAAACAAUUUAUUUGCAAGUACUGCAAUCGCCAGUUCACAAAAUCCUAUAAUCUUCUAAUUCACGAAAGGACGCAUACAGAUGAAAGACCGUAUUCCUGUGAUAUCUGUGGUAAAGCUUUUCGGAGGCAAGAUCAUCUAAGAGAUCAUAGGUAUAUCCACUCAAAAGAGAAACCUUUCAAAUGUACUGAAUGCGGCAAAGGAUUCUGUCAGUCACGGACAUUAGCAGUGCACAAAAUUCUACAUAUGGAAGAAUCGCCACAUAAGUGUCCCGUCUGUAACAAGAGUUUUAACCAAAGAUCUAACUUAAAGACACAUUUGUUAACACACAGUGAUGUAAGCAAGCAUCAUUUAGACCAUCUUGAAGGAUGCCAAGAAGUUUCCUCGACGAGUCAUGUCUCAGAAAACUCUCUAUUAGAUCUUUCACAUAAACCUUCUCCGCCACCAGUACCAUCUUCACAACAGCACCAACCUUUAAUAAGUCCUCAUCAUUCACCAGUAGAAGUACCUAAAAGGAGUUUAGGGUUUUCCAUAGAAGACAUUAUGAAACGAUAAUUUUAUUUAUUGUAAUACGGUCUAGAAAAUCUAGUUUUAGCUAAAAUAGGCUUAGCCAAUUUAUUAACAUGUGAAUACAGCAUAUAUAUUAUUCAUAAUUGAGCCUUAUGAUACUGACAGACCUAAUUAUAUCCAGUCUAAUAAAUUGGUUGAUUUAUUUUAGUCAUUCUUUUAAUAUAAUAGUAUUUAUAAUUUGCCAAAGAAGUAUCUCAUCGACUGAUUUAGAUUAGACGUUUCUUUUUUUAUAACUUUCAUUUUUGUCAUAAAGCAUUAGUUUAUAUCAUAAUCUAACGUUCUUCCUCAAGUACUUUGUGUUUUGCUGUUUUUGCACUGUUUUUUUUUUAGAUUCUGACAUUAAAUUAGUAAGAUAUUUCAUUUCAUAUUACAAAGACUGAAAUUAUUAUUUUUAAAGUUAUUGUUAUAUUGUCUUAGAGAUUUAUUUAUUGUGAUAGUUUUUUUUUUUUUAAUUAGGCCUAAGUAAUGGUUAACUAAAGUUACCGAAAAGUAUUACCUUUGUUUUAAGUGAAUUCGAUCCAAAUUGUUUGGCUAUGACAACAUUCAGAUCAUGUUCAAAUCAAUGUGAAUGUACUUAUUCAAAUUUUAAUAGCACAGUUUAUAUAGAUACUUCUAAUUCUAUUAUGUAUAUUUGUAAAUAUUAUUAUAAGUCGGUAUUAGCUGAUAAGUCAACGAGGCUACUUAUAGACAGACUAUAUUGCAAAUUACAAGCAUGAGUAUCAAAACUUGUUUUAUUUCCCAAUA